GACGAAUCGCUGGCGGCCUCGUCACGCAUCAUUCCCAACAUUAUCGACAGCGAUCCGCUGGACUUCAGAGGAAUACUGGAAAAUGCCGGCACCGUGAUGGCGCAGCGGCAGAUGCUCUGGGACAUGGGCAUCAUCUAUCCGGGGCUGAAGCUGAAGCUGGGCCCCACCCUGGGGGCUCCCGGCGUGCUGGAGUUUGUGCUCGAUCCGGCCGUCGCCCAGAACGACGAACGGUCGCUGUUUGAGGAAAAAUCAACAGCACGUAUACUCACCAAAAGCUUCGUCGUGCCGUUCCUGCUCGGGCUUAAGUUCAACCUGGCAACACUGCUGCCGCUGGUGUUCGGUGGCUUGAUACUGCUCAGCAAGAAGGCGCUCAUCCUCGGCAAGAUAGCCCUCUUCCUGUCCGGCAUGUUCGGGUACGGAUCGCUGCUGACACCGGCCAUCGCCGGCGGUUUCGGUGGCUUCGGAGGCUACGGAGGGUUCGGGCACGGUUUCGCAGGCCACGGUGCCGGUGGCUACGGGUUCGGCUCGAAGCCGUUCCGCUACAACAAUCCGCUGGCCGACAGUCCGGACUACGACAGCCACCAUCACCAGCAUCAUCAUCAUUCUUCCAGCCAUCACGGCGACUACCAGCACGGCGUUGCGGCGGACUCGGAUCACGGAAGCGCCGGGUACUACAAGAAGAAGGAUAAGUUCCUCAACCUGGACGAGCGCAUCGAACCGCAGACGGCUUCCUCGCUGGUGGACAAGUUCUACGAGUACGAAAAGCAACAGAUGCUGAAAGACCGCACGGCCCGGCUUUUCGAGCGGAAGUUCUACGAGAAGGAACAUCAGCCGCAGAGCGGGACUGGUGGUAUGUCCGGGGCGGACUAUCCUUUCGUCACCGCGGAUUUGACGACGGAACGGAACGAGCGGUCCCUUCCGGAGUCGGCGCCCGGUGGCGGUCUCGGUGGACGCAACUUUGCCUGGAGUGAUCACUAA